AUGUCUUCAAUGCAUAUGUCGGAAAUGUCGAAGACGUAUCAGUACCGCAAGGUGAUGAAACCGCUGCUGGAGCGCAAGAGGCGCGCACGCAUCAAUAAGUGCCUGGAUGAGCUGAAGGAUCUGAUGGUCGCCACACUGGAGUCGGAGGGCGAGCAUGUGACCCGAUUGGAGAAGGCCGACAUACUCGAACUGACCGUCACCCAUCUGCAGAAAAUGAAACAACAGCGCCAGCACAAGCGAGCCAAUGGCUCCGACGAGACUUUAACACCAGCUGAGGGUUUCCGGUCGGGCUAUAUCCAUGCCGUCAACGAAGUAUCCCGUUCGCUCUCCCAGCUGCCCGGCAUGAAUGUAAGCCUGGGCACACAGUUGAUGACGCAUCUUGGCCAGCGACUAAAUCAAUUGCAGCCUGCGGUCAAGGAAUUGUUGCCAGUGACAGCGCCACUCUCCGUUCACAUUGCCAACCGUGGUGGCUACUCCGUGCCGAUCUCACCCGUCUCCAGCUUUGCCGGCAGCCCCAACUCGAGUGUGGCCAGCGAGCAACUGGGCAGCGCCUCUCUGCUGACCACUUGCUCCAGCAAUCUCAGCAUCGAUGUCAUCAAAAUGGAGGAAGCAGCGGACAGCGAAGACGAAGAGAAUGUCUGGCGGCCCUGGUAG